AUGGGCCUUUUUGACAAGCUACGGCGAAGCUCACGACGAAGCUCACGACGAAGUAACCAAGAAACGACCGACCCACCAUCGCCCCGCGCUAACGUGCCCGCCCGAGAUUACACCAAACAGCUACCGCGACCAGUUUUGGCACGCAUUUUCUCCUUUGUUUGUCCUCACGCCACGGAUAAUACCUAUGAAACCUCCGAGGAAUCUGCCAACGAUGGCUGUAUGCUAUGCGAUAUGCGUGACCUGGCAUACUGUAGUCUCGUGAACAAGCGGUGGUUUUCCGAUGCGCGCGCGCUUCUUUAUACCCACGUCCGAAUCGACCCUGUUCAUUACUGCGAACUCGAAAUCGAAUUAGCUGCCAGGCGAAAACGCCGUUCAUUCUUGAAUCGCAAUGGUGAUCCCAUCGAUGCCCCCCAAGUCCGUCUGGAACUAUUUAUGCGAACAGUACGAGAAUCCCAGGGGUUAGGGAAUAUGGUGGUGUCCCUCCGAAUGCCAUACAUGACCCGCGAGGCCAACAAAGCCAACGUGGCCCGGACGAUUUCCGUCCUUCCUAAUCUCCGCUUUGUUGAUCUGCCGGCGGGUUUGUACAGCGACGAGACAUCGUGUCUAUCCUUGAAACAGGAGUUGAUGGCCCGAUGCCCUGAGCUGCGUCGGAUGGCCUAUCGCCAAGGUGCCGAGGGCAGUUUUGCACGUCUUGCCGGAUCCCAGCUAUGGGUGAAUUUGGAGGUGCUGGAGCUAUCUGGAGUUCACAUGGAGGCUAGCACUCUGCGCGCCGGUCUCGGAUCAUUCCCCCAUCUUCGGGAGCUCACACUCGAAAAUCUCGAUUGGCUUGACGACUCUGCAUUUGCAGUCAACGUGCCUCUGCCGCCAUUCCCUCCCGUUCAGUCUCUUACACUUCGCGAUACCCCUCAUGUCACCGCGAGCGGGCUUGCCGCGUUCCUUUCCACUCCAGCGAACCGAGCGACUUUGGGAUCUUUGGUAUUAUCUUCUACCGGCGUUGCUCCGUCGAAACUACACUGCAUUCUUUCCGGCGCUCCGCGACUGGAGAGUCUUUCUGUCAUUCAGGAGGUGUCUCGCUCAUUCCCCAUGGGGCAGAUUCCUCCCCUGGCAUCGAGAUCGCUGCAUCUCCUGCAUUAUGAACUCACAUCCCAAACCGAGACUCACGGCAUGCCACCAGUGGUAUCCUCAUACUAUUCCUAUCUUAUCUCGUGUUUGGUGUCCCGAACCUUACCGGCCCUUCGAGACUUGUAUGUUCGUGAUUCCUCAUUCCCAGACACCCUUCUGCUCAUGCCUCCACCACGACUCUUUGGCGGGGGUGAAAAUGGGCCGCAAAUGCGAGGCGGGCUUUCGCAGCCCCUCAACGUGUACAGCAAGGGCUUGGAUGAGUUUGAGUGGAAUUUCACCCCGUACGAUCCAAUCCCGGCACCGGGACGCCGCGACUCAACCACGCGCCCGGUAAGCUUGCAUGAAGCCCAGUUGAACCGGUCUUGGGGAGGUGAUGCGCGCAAGAGCGUGCUCGUCGGGAACGGGUUCGGUGGGUUCCUGGCGAUUCCGGCUGAUGAAGAGCGACCGAUGAGUAGUCAGGGCCACGCCAGGCGAUCGAGUAAACAGGAUAUGUGGCGGUGA